AUGGCUUCCUCCUCUCUACUCUUACUUGAACUCAAAUUUCUUGCUCCGCAAAUCACCCCCAAACGACGACGUUCUUUUUCCAGGUGUCACUCUGGCUCUUCUGUUCGAAGCUCUCGGCGUAAUUCUGCUGUUCGCGCCGCCAAGGAAGAAGGUGCCGUCAUUGACAGAGUGAACGACGUGAAAUGGAGUGGGAAUGGAGUUGCCGCCGGCGGACGCGGUGGAAACGGUUACGUGAACGGCGUCUCCAGAGUUAGGGAGAGUGAGAAUGCGAAUGGAAGCUUGGUGAAGUAUGUGAAUGGCAAUGACAAUGGUGUGGCGGCGGAGGAUUUUGUUGGAGCGUUGAAACGGAGAGAGGAAGGACGGAAGAAGAGAUUGGAGGAGAUUGGUAAAGAGGACGCGUGGUUCAAAAAACAAAGUGCGGAAGCACCGAUUGAGGUGGCGGUUGCUCCUGGAGGUCGAUGGAGCAGGUUCAAGACUUACUCGAUGAUCCAGAGGACGUUGGAGAUUUGGGGAUUCGUUAUAACUUUUAUCUUCAAGUCUUGGCUGAAUGGUCGGAAGUUCUCUUAUAAAGGAGGAAUGACAGAGGAAAAGAAAACCUUAAGGCGAAAGAUCCUUGCCAAGUGGCUGAAGGAGAGCAUUCUGAGAUUAGGUCCUACAUUUAUCAAAGUUGGCCAGCAAUUUUCCACAAGAGUGGACAUUCUUCCACAAGAAUAUGUUGACCAGUUGUCGGAACUUCAGGAUCAAGUUCCUCCAUUUCCCUCAGAGACUGCUAUAGCUAUUGUCGAAGAAGAGCUUGGAUCUCCUUUAUCUAGCAUCUUUGAUCAUUUUGACCAUGAACCAAUAGCUGCUGCAAGUCUCGGUCAGGUUCACCGUGCAAGAUUACGUGGGCAGGAGGUUGUUGUUAAAGUGCAAAGGCCUGGUCUCAAAGAUCUUUUUGAUAUUGAUCUUAAAAACCUGAGGGUCAUUGCUGAAUAUCUUCAGAAAAUUGAUCCUAAAUCAGAUGGUGCAAAGAGGGAUUGGGUUGCUAUUUAUGACGAGUGUGCCUCUGUUUUAUAUCAGAAGGCUCUUAAUGCAAACAGAAAGGAGAGAACUGAAAUUGUUAGUUUUGACAAAAGGGAUAAGGCAGCUGGCAAUUUGACCUCUCUAGGUGAUGGAUUGUUUUCUAAAACCUUGAACAACAGCAUUAUUGCUUUUCACGUCUCAAGUUUAGAGCUUAGUGCCAAUGAGAUUGAUUACACCAAGGAAGCUGCUAAUGCUGAACUAUUUGCAAGCAACUUUAAGGAGUUGGAUUAUGUGAAAGUCCCUUCAAUCUUCUGGGAUUAUACCACACCACAGAUUUUGACAAUGGAGUAUGUUCCCGGGAUUAAAAUAAAUAAAAUACAAGCUUUAGAUGAACUGGGUGUUGAUCGCAAAAGGUUAGGGCGAUAUGCAGUGGAGUCUUACUUGGAGCAGAUUUUAUCACAUGGUUUCUUCCAUGCUGACCCUCACCCCGGAAAUAUUGCAGUUGAUGAUGUCAAUGGUGGAAGAUUGAUCUUUUAUGAUUUCGGAAUGAUGGGAAGUAUCAGUCAAAAUAUUCGAGAAGGUUUACUUAAAGCUUUUUAUGGAAUUUAUGAGAAGAAUCCGGAAAAGGUCCUUCAAUCAAUGAUUCAAAUGGGUGUUCUUGUCCCAACUGGAGAUAUGACUGCUGUUAGACGAACAGCACAGUUCUUCCUCAAUAGUUUUGAAGAACGUUUGGCUGCGCAAAGGAGAGAGAGAGAGAUGGCAACAGCUGAACUUGGAUUCAAAAAGCCAUUGAGCAAAGAUGAAAAAGUAAUGAAAAAGAAAGAGCGUCUGGCUGCUAUUGUAGCACUCACUGCGAUGCAAGUUUCGUCAAAUGGAAUUGAUCAUUCCUAUACCCAUCCCUGGUUAAGUUAUCAGAAUGGGAAUGCACAUUCGGGUGAGGAUUUAUUAGCCAUUGCAGCAGACCAGCCCUUUCGGUUUCCUGCUACAUUCACAUUUGUUGUUAGAGCCUUCUCAGUGUUGGAUGGCAUUGGAAAGGGACUCGAUCCUCGUUUUGAUAUCACGGAGAUUGCCAAACCUUAUGCUCUGGAGUUGCUAAGAUUCCGUGAGGCAGGAGUUGAAGUUAUCCUAAAGGACUUGAGAAAGAGAUGGGACAGACAAUCUCAAGCAUUUUACAACUUGUUUAGACAGGCUGAUAGGAUUGAAAAGCUUGCUGAAAUCAUCCAAAAAUUGGAGCAAGGUGACCUAAAGCUCCGAGUCCGUACUUUGGAAUCUGAGAGGGCAUUUCAGAGAAUUGCCACUGUCCAGAAGACAAUAGGGAAUGCAAUAGCUGCUGGGAGCCUAAUAAAUCUUGCAACAGUUCUGCAUCUGAACUCAAUUCGGAUCAAGAAGCUAGAUGAACGGGAAAGGCUGGUUACAGGGACUGCAUAA